AAAAAUUGACUUGCUGACGUGUAGGGGGGCUUCCGGAAAGCGGGCGUCUCUUCGUGUUUUCAUGUGGCUUUUCUGAGGCGAGUGACGGGCUUCACCUCGAACGGUGUGUUCACAGUGCAAUGCUCAUCCUGUAAUGAGAACGUUGGUGGUUUGCUGAAGUAUCUGCAGAUGGAGUGGAUUUGAAUGGCACUCGGCGUUUGAUUUGUAGGGGACAGAUGAGUGUAGAAGUGGAGAGAAAGUUUGUAUGCAAUGCCAACAGUCUGAAGACUCUCGAAGAAAUUGGAGUUUGUGCCGGUCAGGACCAAUUCCAGGACCGAUACUUUGACACCCCACAAUUUGACCUCACCCUAAGAGACGUGUGGCUGCGUCAACGCAAAGGACGCUGGGAGCUCAAGUGUCCAGCCGCCACCCUGCGAGGGGCACAAGAGACUCGAGGAGAACGAGCAGAGGCGGCCGGGCUAUGUACUCGCUACAAAGAGAUGACCGACGCGGCCGAUAUUCAUCGGAAGCUGAGGGAGGUUCUCAAAGACGUCGGUGAAAAGGACAAGUUGGCCACGAGCGAGUGCUGCCAUCAGAAAUUAACUGACCCCCGUGGUCUCGGCAAUGCGGAAAUGAAGUGCGCGCUCGAAGAGGGUUGGGCCACGGAUAUGAAUCUGCUCUGCUUUGCCGAGUUUACCACAGUGAGGCGGACGUUCAUUUGGGAAGAGGACGGCGUGCACAUAGAUCUAGAUGAAGCAGACUUUGGCUACAGGGUAGGAGAGAUCGAGGUGCUCAUACCGGAGGGAGGAGAUGUGCAGGCUGCCCUGGACAAGAUUGAAAGGACCGCAAAGAAGCUGGGUGUGACCGGAGAUCAAGUAGUUGAUGGGAAAAUGUCUGUUUACCUUCAAAGAAACUACCCGGCACAUUAUGCAAGACUACUGAGUCAACACAUUUUGUAGACGACCAGGAGACGACUUGCGGCGAUGACGAGUCAUCGGCAGUGAUCGUUGCAUGUACAUUCAAAGUAAGCCAAUAAAUUAUUUUCUCGCUUU